UCGCGUCCUGCCGAGGCCCCACACCGGGGAGCGACGCCUCGGGCCCGGCCCGGCCCCGUCAUGGAGACCUGGGUCCGCUUCAGCGCCCAGAGCCAGGCUAAGGAGCGGCUUUUCAGGGCCGCGCAAUACGCCUGUGCCUUGGCGGGGGAUACGCUGCGGAGGAACGGGGCGAGCGCCGGGGUCUUGGCCAGCGUUCGGCAGCUGGAGGCUCACCUCAGCCUGGGCCGCAAGCUGAUGCGCCUGGGUAGCUCAGCCGAAGCAUUGGAGGCGGCAAAACGAGCUAUUCACCUGUCGGACAUGGUGCUGCGGUUCUGCGUCACCCUCAGCCACCUGAACAGGGCCAUGUACUUCGCCUGCGACAAUGUUCUCUGGGCGGGGAAGACGGGGCUUGUCCCUAGCGUGGACCAGGAGAAGUGGGGCCAGAGGUCCUUCAGAUAUUACCUCUUUGCCCUCAUCGUGAACCUGAGCCGGGAUGCCUACGAGAUCCAGAUCCUGAUGGAGCGUGAGGCAAAUGGGAAGCGAGCAAAAGGCAACGAGAACGGGUGCCAGGUCCGGGCUGACAAUGGGCUCCAGCAGCUGGGGCUGAGGCUGCAGAUCCAGCUCCAGCUUCUGAUCCGCGUCCUUAGGAACAACCCUCCUCUGCUACUGGACGUGGUGAAAAAUGCCUGCGAUCUUUUUAUCCCCCUAGACAAGCUGGGGCUGUACAAAACCAACCCGGGCUUUGUGGGGCUGUGCGGCCUCACCUCCUCCAUCCUAUCCAUCCUCACCAUCCUUCAUCCCUGGCUCAAACUGAAGCCUUAGUUGUUCUCAGAGCCUGCCUCCAGGCUCAAAGCCAGCACAGGCAGAUAUGUGGGGACCCUGGGGGGUUACUUCUAGGGCUGGGACACGACUAAAGCUGACGGGCUCAAUCCCGUUGCCUGUGGCUGCGCGUUCACAUCACGCUUGGCUGCCGUAAUAAACGGGUUGUGGAGACGGGAGAAAGGUAGAGGGAGUUUGUGGCGUCAGAGCCCGCAGGGACCUGCUCCCGCUCCCUUGGCUCCCUGCGUCGCUGGUGGGGAGGGUGAUACUCAAUGGACCUAAAUUUGGUUCUUCUCCCCAUCGACUGUAGGGCCUGUCUGGCUGUUUUAGGGCUUUAAUCUUUCCCCUCCCUCUUUGGGGGGGUCUCUUAACAUGGAGCCAGCCAAGAGGGAAAUAUUUGGGGCCGGAGAAAGCUGCCUGGGUCACUGGGUGCUUCUCCCAGACUGGGGGGGCGGGGUUUAAACCGCAGGGUGGGGGCGAGUCUAGCGCCGGCUGGGUGCAUCCAGCGCCUGUUUUGACACUUUAUCAUCCUUUUAAGAAACUUUUUAAGUGCAGACAGAGAGGGUGAGUUGAAAGGACUUUGACUGCGGAUGAGCCGUACUCAGCUGGGCGUUCAGAGGUGAGCUUGGGGUAAGUCCGUGGGUUCUUGGCCAGUUCCGCUCUGCCGGCUGGUCAUGGGUUUGAGGUGAGAUGGGGCAGGGUAUUUCCCUGUAGGAGAAUAUUUGCUUGCCUGCACCUUCCCUGCAAUCCCAAUGGGGAAGAAGUGACUGCAGCGAGUCGCACCAAGCCUUGAGGUCACUCCCAGCCCUUCCUGCUUGGAUCUCUCUGUGUCUGAGAACAGAAAGGGGAUUCAGGCAGCCGGAGCUCUUCCCUACAGCUGUGAAGAAGUUGAAAUCUGUGUAUCUGCCUCCCUCCCUCUGCCCGGUGCUGCACAGGUUCAUCCUGCUGAGCAUUCGCUGCAGUUUGCUUCUCAGAUGUCCUUUUUGGUGGCUUUUCUGGGGAUAAAUCAGGGAGGAGAUGGCUUGAUGCUGUGAUUCUCUGUGUCAGUUGUUCCCACCUGCUUUUCUCUCUGAGCUGGCACUGCCAUCUCACUAAAACUGCCCACUUUCCUUGGUUUCUGUGACACUGGAUAAUGCUGUUUAUGCCAGGCAGUGGGUUUGACCUGUCUCUAAAGAGUGUUUUACUUAACCAUGGAUUGAAGGACACGCUUGGAGCUGAUUAUUUGUAUCCAGAGGUGGGCUGUUCCUCGGUCCGACCCUGGGAGGGCAAUACGGAGGGAGGGAGGGAGUGACACCGUGUGCUUUUAAAACCCACUGGGGUGGGUUUUUUUGAGCUUCAGCAGCUCCACGCACAA